UCAUCAUCAUCGACGCAACCCAGCUCUGACAGAAGCUAGGUCCGUCUUCUGGAUUGUCUACAGCUUCUCUUUACAACCUCUCUAUUUCCCCAUAAACCUCGUCAUGAGUACCACCACGCUUUCGCCAGCGACAGCCAGCCCCACCAGCACCACCAUUCCAACUUGCACAACGCCCAAACCAGGGGAAAACGGCUACCUGCCCCCGGAGGCAUGCGAUGUGAUUCUCUACUAUGUACCGUCUUUUGGCGCUGCUGUCCUCUUUUGCGUUCUCUAUGGUUUAUUGAUGAUCGCGCAUGGCGUGCAAGGGGUCAUUUAUAAGAAGAGGUAUACGUGGGUCAUUGUGAUGGGUGCACUAUGGGAAUUGCUGGCCUUUAUAUUUCGAUCGCUUCAAACGCGCCAACAGAAUGAAGAACGCUGGGACACUGCAUAUACCAUUCUAUUCCUUCUGGCCCCCCUCUGGAUUAACGCAUUCCUCUACAUGACGAUCGGUCGCUUGAUUUACUUCUUCAUCCCCGACAAGCGUCUCGCCGGAAUCACCGCAAAGCGAUACGGGCAGUUGUUCGUCUGGUUGGACAUUGUCGCAUUUCUCGUUCAGGCCGUUGGGGCUGUUAUGACCACUGACACGCAAGCCACCAAUGCCGAGGUUAUGCGCGGCGUGCACAUCUACAUGGGCGGAAUUGGCUUGCAGGAGCUCUUCAUUCUCAUCUUCAGCGGCCUGGCAGUCCAUCUGCAUCGACGCAUGAUCUCCAUGGAGCGCAUGGGACAGCUGGAUGAAGAGAAGUUGCAUGAAGGAAAGAUGCCGUGGCGGUGGCUGUUCUACGCCAUGUACGCGGCCCUCUUUAUGAUCACCAUUCGCAUUGUCUUCCGUCUCGCCCAAUACGCCGACGGCACCAACCCCAAGAACCCCGUCUUGACACACGAGUGGUACGAAUACGUCUGGGACGCCUUGCCAAUGUUUAUCGCUAUCGGGCUCCUAAACAUCUUUCACCCCGGGCGCGUGUUGCAGGGACCGGACUCGGAGUUUCCUAAACUGAGCCGCAAGGAGAAGAAGCAAAUGAAACGAGACAAAAAGGAGGCAAAAAAGGCGUUGGAGGAGUUCAAUUCCAGGGCGAGGCUAGCAGGUGGCAUCGAGUUCGAGCAGCUGAGGAGACAGGAAGAAGGGGACAUGGGCCUUUCGGGUGGAAGCUUUGCGCCGAUAAAUUCUCAUUCGCGAUGA